AUGGAUAAUAAUAAUGGGAUCCCACAUUCAUAUGGAAGUUACUUUCAGUUUUGCCCAACUGACAGUCCUCUUCAAAGGUCUCCUUAUUUAAUCUCACUAGAUCGCGAAAGAUAUGAAUUGGCACAGUUGAUGGCAGAGAGACAGAAACUCGAACCCUUUAUGCAAAUCCUACCUUAUUGCACCAGCCUUUUAAACCAAGAAAUCCUGAGAUUGUCGCGGAUAAUGUUUUCAAAUCAAAUACAAAUGGAACAUGAAUCAACGGUGAAGGAACAUAAUAAUAAUAUUAACAACAAUAGUCUCAAGUUGUCAUAUAUUGGACAAACAAACAAUUGGCCUUCAGCAGUUCAACCAGAGACACUUCAGGAGAAUGAACUAAUGGACAACUAUCAUCAAGUUGUCUCCAAUAUGGGUUGGCACGGAUUGGAUUCUAAUACGACGAUAGUGAAAAGAGUGAUCAGACUUGAUAUUCCCGUGGACAAGUUCCCAAACUAUAAUUUUGUGGGUCGAAUACUUGGACCGCGUGGAAAUUCACUUAAGAGAGUUGAAGCUGCAACUGGAUGCAGAGUUUAUAUCAGAGGCCAGGGCUCUGUCAAAGAUUCAAUAAAGGAAGAUAGAUUGAAAGGGAAAGCUGGAUUUGAGCAUCUAGAAGAACCGUUACACCUUGUGGUUGAAGCGGAACUUCCAGAGGAGAUGAUUGAGUCGAGAUUGGAACAGGCGAUUGUUAUUUUGGAAAGCCUACUUAAACCAGUGGAGGAUGAAUCAAUGGAUUAUUUGAAAAGGGAACAAUUGAGAGAGCUGGCAAUGUUAAAUGGUACAUUCACUUUCAGGAGGGAAUUGGCAUCAUCAUCUCCUUUCAACAACAAUCAUAAUAAUAUAGGAAUGAAGAGGCCUAACACAGGUAGAUGA